AUGAGGAAACGGCGUCGCUUUAAACCCAUUUCAGACUACAACGUAAACGCUGAAGACCGAUCAAACCAAACCGUAGUCGCAGAUCUCGAUGGAACCCUAACAUCCUCCUCGAGACCACUCCUCUACUUCUUCCUCAUGGCACUCAAAGCAGGAAGCUUGCCACGUGCCUUGCUCUUACUCGCCUCCGUACCACUCGUGCACCUCACGUACCUCUUCCUCUCGCAAAGCCUCGCGAUCAAAGUCGCCGUUUUCAUCACAUUCGCUGGCCUCAAGCUCAGCGACGUCGAACACGUGGCACGACACGUCUUGAUGAGAGUAUACGAGAAAGAAUUGAAGCGGGACACGUGGCGUGUUUUUAAGGCGUUUGGGAGACGGUAUAUUGUGACGGCGAGUCCUCGGGCUAUGGUGAAGCCGUUCGCUAAGGACUUUCUUGACGCUGAUGAGGUUAUUGGUACGGAGCUUGGGGUUACGAGGUUUGGUUGGUUAACCGGUUUUGCUAGAAAACCGGGUAUCAUGGUUGGUCAGAAUAAACGCGACGCCGUUUUGAAGAAGUUUAGUGGUGAUGGCUUACCUGAUUUGGGGUUGGGUGAUAGCACGUCAGAUUACGCUUUCAUGUCUAUCUGCAAGGAGGCUUACAUGGUGUAACGGACGAGAUGUGUCACACAGAUUCUAUGUUAGUUGCGUUGCUAUGCGACAAUAAUGUUAAUUUUUUGAGUAAUUACGUGUGACAGAAGCGAAUUCUAAUAAAAUU